UAACGGUAACUUACACUUACUUGUCAGCUGCCUCUGCAGACUUUGAUCUGAGGAUAUAACAUUUUUGAUGUACGAAUAGGAUUUCAUGAGACAAAAUCCUUCAUGAACUUCAAUUAAAGUAAUUCGAUCUCUUUGCUUUCCUGAUACUAUAUUUCGAUAUUAAUCUCACUGGAUAUAAUGACGUCCGCCAAGGUGGUCAGCAUUUGUGAAGUGAUUCAUGAAAACAGAAGACGGAGCGCCUUGGACCAUCUUCCGCCACCCGCGAGCUCUAACAAACCCCUCACACCUUUCAGCAUCGCCGACAUUCUCAGCAAGCCGUCCGGGAAGAGACAUUUUUACAGGGAUGCCUGUGGAAUCACUCACCUCAGUUCUGGGGCCGUGAAGCACCGAUCUUCGAGCAAUGGCAUAUUGAAACGAUCGCUUAUCUCCCAAACGUCGCCUCUUUGCGCACUUCAGGAGCUAGCUUGUAAGACUUUCAAAGGUCUUGAAUUGGGGGUGCUCCAAGCAGCUGAAGGCAGAGAUGGGAUCACUCUGUUUGAACAAAGGGGCAACCCAAAAAAGCGCAGAAAAUCCAGGACUGCGUUUACCAACCACCAGAUUUACGAGCUAGAGAAGCGGUUUCUCUAUCAGAAAUAUUUGUCACCGGUGGAUCGAGACCAAAUAGCGCAGCAACUAGGUUUAACUAAUGCACAAGUAAUCACUUGGUUUCAGAACCGCCGCGCCAAAUUAAAGCGGGAUUUGGAGGAAAUGAAAGCUGAUGUGGAAUCCGCCAAAGCCAUCGGAGCCGUUCCUCUAGAGAAAAUUGCCAGACUGGCCGACCUAGAGAGGUGUGCUAGGGGAACCAUGGGACCCUCGGGGCCAGAGUGCCCUGCCCAGCUGGGCCACGAGCGGGAGAUUACACACAAAUUGCGCCUGUCACCCAUGGCGUCACUCUCAGACCACACAAGUGAAAACUACUCUGAAGACGAAGACGCAGAAAUAGACGUGGAUGACUGAUUGCGUACGAGCGUGGAGCAUAAAAAUGAGAUCUAAAACUUGCUCUUAUCUCCUCAUUUUCUGUCCUGUUUAUAAUGUCACAGUUGUUGUUCUUGUUUAUUUUAUUUUUUUUGUCUUUUUAAAAAUAACGCUAUUUUAACACUAAGCAAAUUCAUGCUAGUUACAAACACAUUUUGACUCACUUCAAAUAUCUACAUUUUACGUGUUUCUCUGCAACAUGUGAAAUGUACUGAUUAGUGUGAUACGUUCAUUGUUCUAGAAAUUGCAAUAAACAAGACAAGUGCGGUUGUUUUAUGUGGUUUACGAGUAUUUAUAUUGAUUAAUUUCCAUUAUUUGUAUAAGUUGUACAGUUAUGUCAUUUUGCAAUAAUGUCUGAAAGCAUAUAGUCGUCCUGCAAGUCCUACCUAAAUAUCUAGGAAUUAUGAACCAGAGCAUAGUGCGUAGGCAUAAUGUAU